AAAGCAAUCUUCGGUCUGAAGGCACGCUUUUGUUUCUCCAAGUCACCAGAUCUCAUUUCUCUCAUUUCUAGUUUUCAGCCAGAGGUUGUUUUUCCCGUGAAAGGUGCAGGAGCGGGUCGCGUGGGACUAAUUUACAGAGAGCUUUGAUCUACAGUCUCAUUAUGCGCGCCGCGCGUCCCAUUUAGACCAGCACUUCACCAGCCGCGGGUUUAAUACAAAACUCCAAACUAAACAGCCAUUUCACUCCACACAAUAGCGGAGAAAAACGAAAGUUUGCUUUUUAUUUUUCCUUUCUAUUCUUCAUGAUUGCUGGUCCAAAGAUUGAACGCAUCGCAGCAGUUCUCGGUCCAUUCCAGACGACGUGGUUCUGCUCCAGCCUUUCUCGUUGUUUCACGCUUUUGUAACAAGCGGAGCGCGAAACCGUACAGUCAAACCAGAUCUGUCGUGAUCCGUGGAAAUAUAGGCGCCUGGAAAGUGGACAUCAACUCACUUUGACAUUUUUUGGCUUUUAAUUGUCUUUUUUUCUGUUUCUUGUUCAGGAUUAGUUUGAGCAUCUUUUAAAGCCAUAAAUAUAAUUCUAAGAUGCUGUUGUAGACCAACAACGAUAACAACAACACAAUGGCACGUGUUGCGUAAACAUUUGUUAUUGAUCUCCGUGUGCUUUCUUCGGGAUAUAAAAUACUUGAUGGAUUUAAAAUUUAUUUCUGGCAUACAUUAAGCAAUCUACAUAAAUUUUGAUCGCCUCUGUACACUUGCUCACUGUAGUUCGAUGGAGGUGUGAAGAUUCUCGAGACUUGUUUUUCCAAGGUCGGCAGUCUAAUGAAUUUCGAUCAGCUGCUGGCCACAAUCGGUGGCUUUGGGAGAUAUCAGAAGCUUCUGUAUGUGUGGAUAUGUCUACCGCAGAUCUUUCUCGCAUUCCACAUGAUGGCGAGCGUCUUCACAGGCGCCACGCCACCCCACCAUUGUUGGGGUUCAGGGAUGGAGAACGCGUCCCUUACUGUCGGCAACCUUUCAGUUGUGAAUCUGAGUAUCUCCCUUCUGCCAGGACAUGCGGACUCGUGCACAGCAGUUUCGGGAAAGAACCACAGUACACACUCAACUUGUGAGACAGGAUGGGUGUACAGCCACGAGAUCUUCCAGAGAACCACUGUCACUGAGUGGGAUCUGGUGUGUGACAAGGCAGGUCUAAACAGUCUGGGCUCCUCUAUCUAUAUGCUGGGGUUGCUUGUAGGAGCUGUUGUGUUUGGAGCUAUGGCAGACAGGUAUGGGAGGAGGUUUGCCAUGCUCUUGUCUUUAUCCCUUCAGACAGUGUUUGGUGUGGCUGCUGCCUUCGCUCCAAACUUCCCUGUUUAUGUCACCCUGCGCUUCAUCAUAGGAAUGACUGUGUCGGGCGUGAUAAUCAAUGCGUUUGUUCUAGGCACAGAGUGGACCUGCACACAGAAACGGAUGCUGGCAGGCAUCUUCACCGACUACUUCUUUGGUUUUGGCUACAUGCUGCUGGCAGGUGUGGCUUAUCUCAUCAGAGACUGGAGAAAGCUGCAGCUGGCAAUCUCUGCACCAGGAUUUCUCUUCAUAUUCUAUAUAUGGGUUCUUCCACAUUCGGCCCGUUGGCUUUUGGUGAAUAACCGAAAUGAGGAGGCGAUUGAUCUUCUGCGUAAAGCAGCUACGGUCAAUGGUCGCACCUUACCUCCCACUGUUCAGGUGGAGCGAUAUGAGGGCCCACAAGGACGGAGUCAAUAUACAGCUGUUGACCUGCUCCGGACUCCCUAUAUGAGGAAGAGAGCUCUCAUACUCUUCUACAUCUGGUUUGUUAAUGUGUUGGUGUAUUAUGGUCUGUCUCUGGGUGUGUCAGACCUCGGGGCAGACCUUUACCUCUCUCAGUUCAUGUUUGGAUUGGUGGAAAUUCCUGCAAGGUCACUGGUGUUGGUUCUGCUGCCCUGUAGUCGACGAAUCCCACUGAGUGUGUUCCUCGCUGUGGGAGGCAGUGCAUGUCUGCUGACUCUCGCUGUUCCAGCAGACAGCGCUCAUAUUCGGACUGCUUUGGCCAUGGUGGGGAAAUUUGGAAUUACAGCAUCUUUUGCCAUCAUCUAUAUUUAUUCUGCAGAACUGUUCCCCACUGUUCUCAGGCAAACAGGUAUUGGUGUUUCUUCUAUGUUUGCACGGAUGGGUGGAGUUUUAGCACCACUAAUAAACCUGCUUGGACGCCACACACCUGUUGUGCCCAUGGUGAUAUUUGGCUCCACCCCUCUGCUUGCUGCAGUGCUUGCUCUAGCAUUGCCUGAGACUGCCAAUCAACCACUACCAGACAGCAUUCAUGAUACAGAGAGACCAGCUCUGAAAUAUGAUGGACAAAUUCCUGUAUAUACCAGCCAACUGCCAAGCAGCACAGAAGGUCAGGAACUGCAGUGUUUAGCAGAUGAGUCCAGUUAGAUGUAUAUAAUAACACAAACUCUAUGCAGUGUCUCAUUUUAGUGUGUUUACACUAUUAGGCUUGCGGAUGAUCAGUGAAACUUGACAAUGGUUAAGGUUUUGAUACAAAAUGGGACUUUUGACAGUUAUUUGAACAUUUCAUACAGUUUUUUUAAAUGGCUGUAGGUUGUUUAUUUGAUUGAUUUACAUUUGGAUUAGCAGUUUUAAUAAAACUUAAGUGUAAAAAUGGAUGACCGGGUCUGAAAGCUAUGCAAUUUGUGCAUCUAAUAUUUAUAAAAAAAAAUAAGAGAUGCUCCAAACCAGCGGUUCUCAAUUCCAGUCCUUGCGACCCCCUGCUCUGCAUAUUUAGCAUGUCUCUCCUUGUUAACACACCUGAUUCAGAUAAUCAGCUCAAUAGAAGUGAGCUCUGUGCAUGAACUGUGUUGUGACUGACAUGGUGCCUACACAGGUUCAUUGCUCCCUACUCCUUGAGCAGGGGAAAUCUGUUGAAGUUUACUUCACUUUGAACAUUCAUUCAUUGAUUUGAGCUGUGCAACGUCUUCACACAUGGACAAGUGUGACAUCUUAUAGUCUACCUCUGUAAAUAAAUACAAUUUAAAAUCACGUCUCGCACACUUCAAUGCACUUUGAAUGGAACAUAUAGUAUACGUUCGCUUCGAACCGGAAUCAUGGUGGAAUAUCCUAUGAUGUCCACUUUGCAGGGCACUUAUGUUCGAAUAGAACAAACGUCUGAAGCGAUAAGAGAGAAAGACAAACAAAAUGUGCAGAGGAGGGGGUCACAAGAACUGGAAUUGAGAACCGCUGACCUAAACAAACUUAAAGGAACAUAUGUGAAUUAGUAAGCCGAUCUAAAAUCAUUCAGUUUACAUUUAAAAUGUUUUUCUUCUUGUGGCAAAUGGACCAAAAAUAUUCAUGACUCAUCCUGUACUACGCAGAUUUUUGUCCAAUCAAAUACUCUCUAGAAUGAGAAUGUACCUCCCGCUAGCACCAGCUAACACUCACUAAAUGGCAAAUUUGUGAGUGUUGGUCCAGUGAAGAGUGAACCAGUGCCUUCUUUGUAAAUAGUCUCCAAUGUGUGGGAAUUACACCGGAUUUGUCUCACGUGGGGACAGUGGGUUCCAUUUAGAUUUGGUUAAGAUGACAGUUCCCAAAGAUUAUGCCUGGUUGAAUUGUUUAAUAGUAUAUUAGUAUACUGAAUUAUCUUAGCUCAGUAGCUAGAGGGGAAAGUUUCUUGUUUAGUGCUGUUUUGUCCGUUGUUUGACUGCAUAUCAUUUUUCUGUUGCUUUAUUGAAGAAAAAAAACAUCAUCCAACACCCAAUUUAAAAAAGAGGUUUAAUGUAUAGCGGGUUAAAUAUGUAUGUUGCCAACUUUGCUUGAGCCUAUGAUACAUACACUACUGUAGAAGGUCAUGAGAUUGCUGUGAUGAUACAUGGUCACAAACUCACAGAUAACUUCAAUCUCAGCAGCACACUGCCAAAUGACACAAUCUAGUUUUUACCUUUAUAUCCUGACAUUAACUAUGUAAUUUUACUGCAUGCAAUUGUUUGAUAGAAUUUAACUAUUUUAGAAUGCAAUUUGUCUAAUGUUCUAAAUGUUAUCUUAAAGUGAUAUACACCUAUCAUUAUUUACUCACCCCCCCCCCCCCCCAUGCCAUUUUAAACUCUUAUUCUGUGUCCUACAAAAUACUGUGAAAGCACUGUACUGUAUUUCAAGAAUCUGAAUCCAUGUGUAAAAUUUUGGAGGAACAGACUAAAAUGUUAAGUCAUUAUUCACAUGAAGCCUGAAAAUAGCUAUGACCAGGUCAUAGAGUCAAUGGCUUGCACCAGAGAAAUAAACUAAACUAAACUAAACAGUAAACAAACCACUCUUAUUAGGUGGUUCAGGCUGAAUGAUUCAAUCCUGAAUCCGAGGUUCACUAACCAACCAAACUACUAAUGACUAACUGACCAAAUUAUUUUAAAUGUCUGAUUUUAUGUUUGGGACAACACGAGGGUGAGUAAAUAAUAAUGCAAUUUUCAUAUUUUGAUUAAGUAUACUUUUAACCAAAUAAUUUUUAUAAAUUACUGCAUGAUUAUCAUGAUCUAAAUGUUUUUACUCUUGUCCUUAAUUUGACCAGACCUUAAUUUGUAACUGUCUGGUACAUCUGUCUUUUAACCUGAUGAAAUGUAAAGACUUUUUUUCCCAGAAGAGGGCACCAUUAGUGGAACUACCAUUAAGAAAAUUGGAUGGUUACCACAGCCCUCAGUCUUAAAAUGUUGAGGACAUAAGAAUUAUUCAAUUUGGGUCUAAUGAAACUGUUACAUAGACCUACUAGUUACUGCCCAUUGCCUUGCUUUGAACAAGUAUGAGUGUGUUACUUUUGCUGCACGAUGGAAUGCAAGUCUUAAUGUGAUUUUACAAUGAACAAGCAUUUUGUUAUUAAGACUUUCCAUUUAUUGACAUUCCAACUCAUGAACGAUAAAACUGUGAUCAUUUGUCCAGCAUCUGCAAUAAAAUACUCAAAAACAAUUAUUUUAUGAUUUUUCUGGAAGAUGUAAGUAUAUUAGGCUAAUGUCACGUAAGUAGCAUCAGUGGCCACACCACAGUUGUUGUCUUUCAUGGACAUCAGUAUAUAACCAU